UUUAUUCAAUUUUCAAUUUUGAAUAGUUGAGGGGUUAACCCUAACUAGGGUUUAAGCUAAAAAUCACCCCCAAAUCGAUUUUCUCUUCUUUCGCUUAUCAAAUUACUCUUCAAUCUUCAAGUUCUUCUUCACGGUUCUGCUGAAUUUAGGUAUAAUUCCAUAGUUUUCGCUUCUAGCAAUGCCAAAAAAGAGUAAUUCGAAGAAGCCUAAAGCAGUGGAAGUAGCAGCAGCUGCUGUUGUAGAAAAGGAGAAACCAGUUUCUUCGUCUAAACCCAAAAAGCCCGGCAGUGAAAUCGACGAUAUAUUUGCCGGAAAAAAGAGAAAGAAACCGGAAUUACAAGAAAAAUCAAGCGGAGUUGCUGUUACAGAGCCGAAAAAGGCUAAGAAAAGCAAAGAAAAUAGUGGUAGGAUUCCGAAAGAUAAUGUGUUAUCUGAGCCACCACGUCGGUCGAGGAAGAAAACGGCAGAUGGGUUUACUUUAUACACAGAAGAGGAGUUGGGUAUUGGGAGGUCUAAUGCUGGAGGUACUUCACUUUGCCCUUUUGAUUGUGACUGUUGUUUUUAGUGAAUUUUGAAAGAAAUUGUUUGAGAUUGAAUGAAUUAUAUCAGUUUUGUAAUGAAUUUGUAGUAGUAUAUGUCCGUUUCGAGGAUGAAAUUUUGUUCUUUUUACUGACUGGUGUAAGCUGUAACAGUUUUAUUUGAAUGCAUGAGGAAUUUUGUUUAUAGA